AAUUUCUAAACAUCAACGAUUCAGACUCAUUACUGUCAGGACAUCUGCCACAACCCAGUUUUUGCUGUGAUGUCUGGCUUGUCUGUGUUGUGUUUCCUGCUGCUGCAGACUGGAGCUCAUAGUUUUGGUGUAUUUAAUGGAAAGUCUCUGAGCCACCAAGCCAUCACAGAGAGAGCCGCCCUAAAUGUCACAGUGCAGGUGUGCCGCAGCCUGGCUGUGUCUGAGGGCAGGGAUUUCACUUCUCCUCCUCAGCCUUUUACUGCUUCAUCUGUUGCUGCUGCCUGCGGAGCAUCAAAAUCCUUAAAAAGCUUCAUCGAAACCAUUCAGCGGAUUCAGAGGAAGAACUUGCAGACGGACAUUAAAUACGCCCUGAGCGCUCGUCGUCACUGCGACAACGAGGAGCUGGACGAAGGGAAGAAGAUAGUCACAGAUGGUUUGUCGGUCGUCAAGGCCUCCAACAAGCAACAGAACUUUGUUUCAGCAACAUCGAGUCUCGGAAGGAUUCUCCACACUUUACAGGAUUUCUACAGUCACAGUAACUGGGUGGAAAUAGGCCACAAAUUCCCAAACACCAACUUGAUCAAAGCGAACGCCCGUGUUGGAAACAUAGCAGCUAAAACCAGAGCAACCUGUCUCAGCUGUAAUGGAAAUGACUGCAGAAACAACAUUCGGAGCGACAUUCUGAAAAACAACAUACUUACUUCAGGAUAUUUCAGUCUGAAUCCUUUUGCCAAGCCUACAGGAAAAUGCAGCCAUGGUGGUGUACCUGAUAGUACAAGUUUAAUAGAACCAAAAGGUGGAAUCAACAAAGAUACGCUGGACUCCAGCCAUGGACACCUUCACUCUCAAGCAGCCAAUAUGGCGAUAGCAGCAACCAGUGAGCUGCUGGAGGACGUUCGCAGUGCAGCUGGGGACAAAGCAUUCUUUGAUAUGAUGGGGCUGUCCAAAGGGAAACCGCUGUGUUUUGUGGUCGACACAACAGGAAGCAUGGGGGAUGACAUCGCUGCAGUGAGGGAGGUCACAGCCUCCAUAAUAGACAGCAAGCUGGGAACACCAGAUGAGCCGUCGGUUUAUGUUCUGGUUCCGUUCAAUGAUCCAGAUUUUGGGCCACUGAUACGGACAACCGACCCAGAGAUUUUUAAGGCCUACAUCAACUCACUGAGAGCAACUGGAGGUGGAGAUACUCCAGAACUGAGUCUUUCUGGACUUCAGCUAGCUCUGACUGGCGCGCCUCCCAAUUCUGAGAUCUUUAUUUUUACCGACGCUCCGGCCAAAGACAAACACCUGAGAAACCCGGUGAUUGCACUCAUCGAGCAGACCAAAUCUGUGGUGAACUUCAUGAUAACUAAUGUUCUCGGGAUCCGUCAGCCAGCAGAGGACAACCAGCAACAAAGCUAUCGGAUGUCGAGAGCAGACGAUCAGCUGUACAAAGACCUGGCUCAGACCUCAGGAGGUCAGGCUGUCGAAGUCUCCAAAAGUAAUCUGCUGGAGGCCAUCAACAUACUAACCGAGUCCACCAGCUCCUCUCUGGUAACCCUUCUGCAAGCUUCCAGGAACCCUGGAAAAACUGAAAACUUUGCCUUUUCAGUUGAUCAGUCAGUGAGAAAUUUGACAAUUUACAUCACUGGAAGUAAUGUUGAGUUUACGCUCAUCGAUCCCUCAGGUGUGGUUCAAAAUAAUGUUAAUACGUCAGGAUCUUCAAUCAUUUCAUCCCAGACGGUGGGAAACCUCCACACUGUGAAGCUGCUGACGGUAGCUGGAGUUUGGGAAAUAAGAAUAGUGUCAAAAAAUUCCUACAGUCUGAAAGUUGUAGGAGAGAGCUCCAUUGACUUCCUGUUUGACUUCAUUGUGGAUUCCGAUGGUCCGUUUGGAGGAUUUGAUGUAAUUGACAAUCGACCCACAGCUGGACAAAAUGCCAGUCUGCUGGUGACUCUGUUUGGAAGUGACUCUGCCACGGUGACAGAGGUCAUGCUGGUUGAAUCGUCGGGUUCUGGUCAGGUUAACGGCACUGUGAAGGCCCAGGGUGGAGGAGAAUAUAUCGUCCGCUUCGAUAGGAUCCCAUCGGUUGAGUUUGUUGUGCUUGUGAAGGGCCAGAACAACAACGGCGUCUCCAGAGCUUCUUCAGGGAUCUUCCAGAGACAGUCAGCCACCAGCCUGAGAGCCUCUGGUCUCACUGUCACUGUUGAUGAGUUAGACAUCGUGGUGGAGCCAGGAACACUAAAAUCAGUUCAUUUCUCUGUGAUGACAACCGGCGAAGGAGGACGCUUCACCAUUCAAGCCGCCAAUGAUCAAGACCUUACGCUGUUUUACCCAACUAAUUUACUGCUGAGUGCUGGAGGCAGCGCCAACGGGACAGUGAACAUCACAGCUCCUGCCGAUACGCCGUCCGGUACCGUCGUCACGCUGACCAUUGAGGCCGUGGCUCCUGGAGGUGCAGACAGCAACUAUGCCGUGCUGCAUCUAACCGUCCUGCCAAAAGUGACUGAUUUCACUCCACCAGUGUGUAAACAACUUAGCCCACAGAGCAGAUGCUCUAAAAACUGCGACCGGUUCAUGUGGGAGGUCUCCGUCCAGGUGAGCGACGGCGUUAACGGGACGGGUGUGGACAGCGUCAGUCUCAGAGAAGGCAGCGGCUCGUUGAACAUCACCAAAGCAGCUGAUAACUCAACGCUGGUGACUUAUGUGGCUUCCUGCUGCUCGUCUAAAAUGCAGCUGGUGGCUGUGGAUCAAGUAGGAAACGUGGAAAUCUGCAGUUACUCUGCUGCAUCUUGGUCCUCAAGAGUGGAUUACUCAGUUUUACUUUUCUUUGUCUUCACAUUCCUGAAAGUUUCCCUGUAGCCCCGGACUGUGAUCGUCUGAAUUUUCCAACUUAUGAACCAGGUUGGAAAAUCGGACCCUAACUAAAUGUCAGCUUUUUUUGCCUUUUCACACAAUUGAACAGAAAAUUAAGUUUUUGAUUUCAAAACCAAUUAUUCUUACACAAAACAGCAUCUAUGUCAUGCCUGAAGGUGGCACCGAUAUGGAAAUACACCAAGGUGUUUUCGUCUGAACUUAAAGUUGAGUGUUACAGCUUUUUGUUUUUUUAUUGUUUUUUAUUAUUUUAUUUUAUUUUUUUAGAAAUUCUUAUGUACAAAACAAUUCAACUGCACAUCCAAUUAGAAAACCUUCUGUAAAAAUAGAAUAAACUUUAGGUAUAAG